AUGUCAUCGAAUUUAGAAGCACCUCCGUUAAUGAGGAAAUUGUUAAUUGGACAACUUUUUCAAAAUGCUGAUAGAUUACCGGUAUACAAUUCUAUUCGACAAAUAUGGGAAAUGGAUAUAGUGGAAGAUGGUAUUCUAAUGAAAUUAUCAUGGUGUAUGUUAUGGUUACAGGGAAGGAUAACUAAAUGUUAUCAUCCAACAAAUUGUAACUUUUUGCUUGAUGAUGGUACAGGUGAAAUGUUAAUUGUUUACGAGUUGAAUAAAAGCCAAUGUAUCAACUAUAAACCAAAUAUUGGAGAUUAUGUUGCUGUGGUUGGAAAAUUAUGUCAAGCUGACGAAGAUUCGAAGAACGAAACCUUCAACUGUUGGCAUAUCUUAGCAAAAAGUGUUACAAAAUUAGGUAGUCAAGCUGUACAAAUUGGUCAAUGUGAAUCAUUAUCACAGAAAGAGGUAUCGAAUUCAGCAAUUUAUGAAUUAUCAUGGCCUUUAGAAGUUGUAGAUAUGAUGUAUUCUUUAUAA